AUGCCUGACCAAGAGACUCCCUCCAACGAGUACCUAUCACAGCUUCUGGAAAUGGUGGAGGAGGACGAUUUGGUGGCAUGUCACCUGGACGAGGUGAUCAGCAAGGCGGAGUCGAGCACUCUGCAACUACAGACCAGUUUGGAUCAGGCAGGGCGAAAGCUGCCGCAGACGACAGAAGAGCUGCGAAGGAAGUUGAGAAUCGAGGCAAACGCCUGGAUGAUGAUGGCGUCCAAAAUGAAGAACAAGCCGUAUUUACAAAACCUGGAGCUGCAGCAUUUUGACAGAUUACAGGACGCCUACAAGAAGCAACUGAGUUUGGGGGUCACCUUGAAGCAGGUUUGCGCCGAUGCAGAACUGAAGGAUCCACCAGAGGAAGACCUGCACUUCUCCUUGGUGCAAUCGGGUUGCGCUGGGCCUCCUUUGCAGGCGGCAUGGGCUGGACGCAAAGAUGAGUUUAUUGAUGGGUUUGGAGAGUGCAGCCCAGGAAGGUGGCAUCCGGCAGCCAGAGGUUUGCGCAAAACCGCAGUGCAGAGGGCCUUCGUUCAGCGUCUUCGUGGCAUCCUGGACGAAUUUUGCUUGAACAACUUGCCGGACGUUGCUAGGUCAACAUUCAUGCUGGCCACCGGGAAGAUACAACAGUCACCUUUCUCGGACAGCGCUAUUGCGAACCUCCGCAGCAAAUGGUUCUCGCUCCUGCCAAACAGUUCCCUGGCCGCAGAGAUACCGGAGUUUCAGCCGUUCUACUUGCAUGCUCUUUCGCAGACUAUGGAGAUGUUGGGAGACCCUGACUUUGCCAUCCUGGACAGGGAGUCCGAUGGCAACUUUGCUGAGGGGGUGCCUGUGGGGCACCGCGAGCCCCUAUCUCAUGUUUGCCAGGUUUUCAGAAAGCGGAGGAAGGAUCAGAAGUAUGACGAGACUGAGCUCCAACUAGACAUGAUGAACUUCCAGACGGACUCAGAUGCGGAAAAGGCCUUGCAACAGCAGUUUGCAGAGGAGGAGGCCUUUUGGGACGUCUGGCUCUACACGUCUCUGAGCGGGAUUGGGUUCUUGGUGUGCCUAAUCAUGGCGGGCGUCCCUUUUGCCUACCACAACUUCCGCGGAGGACUGCAACUGGACUUCGUGGGUUACUGGUUGGACUACACUCGUUUUUCCUUGGGCAUCGCUGAGCGGAGAGUGCGGUGGAUUCUGGACUUUGUGGCAAGUCUGGAGCGCGAUGGAUCUCUGGUUGAGGUGCGCCGUUACCAGGAGUUCCACGGGCGUUUGGGCUUCAUGUCGCAGGUCCUGCCCUGGAUUCGCCCCUUCUUGGCUCCUGGCUACGCUUGGCUCGCUAAGGCCAAGCCGGGUGCAGUCAUGAAGGUGCCGGAUGCAGUCUCUUUUUGCAACGCUUUCAUUCGGGACAAGUUGAUGGCUGGGGUGAGGCUUACCCCUUGCCACCCGCGCGAGUGGAUUUGUGGUGAGCUGUUCAGAUGCGAUGCCAAGUGCGCCGAACAGGAAGUUGUCUUGGGCGGCUGGUUGUGCCUGAGCCAGAUGGACCCCGCUAAGCCCCUGGUACAGCUUGAGGUUGUCGCCGAAGGACGUUCCUUGGCUCUUCCGGUCGGGCAUCAAGUUGGGCGAGCGCUACGGCAGAGCUUUUAG